AAAAAAACCUAAAUCGACGAUGAACCCUAAAAUCCAAAAAUCGACAAUGAAUUGAAAUUCGACGCAUUUCGACAGAACUCCAGCAAGAUGAGUGACGAAGAUGACAAGCUCAAGAUACACAUUCACUACGGAGGUGUAUUUUCGAGUGAAGGGAACUAUGUAGAUGGUGAGAUUGCUACAAAUAUGGUAGUAGAUCCCGACCUCCUUACUUUCUCAAUUUUCGAAGAUUUCAGCAAAGGUGAACAAGAUGUGGAGAAACUCAGGUACAGACUACCCAAUGAAGAUAUUUCAGAAGCGAGAUUGAUAUGGAAGGACAAGGACAGAGAAAUUAUGAAGAUGGCUGCAGAAAGUCAAAAAUAUGGUGAAGUACACAUAUAUAUCGAACAUAGAGUCUCUCCAAUAGAUGUUAUUGAUGCUGGUAGCUUGGUGUCUGAAGUGGGCCGUACUGAGAUCUUUGAACAAGACGAUGGCGAGAAUGCUGAUGUUGAAGACGGCAGUGACAAAGAAGUAAGUGAAGAAGAAAGCGAUGGUGAACACAGAGAAGAAGUAGAAGAAAGCGAUGAAGAAGUGAUAGAGGAAGAACAUAAUGAGGAUGGAGUUCAGUCGGAGGAAGAGGACCAGAUUUUAGGGGAAGGAGGUGAUGACCCUAGGUUUGGAAACUUGUUUGAAACAGUGGAAUCUAAGUCUCAUAAAGUUCUUGAGGAAGAUACUCAACCUAAUUCAGAUGCCGACGAGUCAGUUGAUAGUGAUGUGGAGACUGAAAAACAACUCCCUAAUGGCGAAUACCCAGAUUCUCCGGAAGAUACAGAUGACGAAUGGCAUAACUAGCAAAAGAAGGAUGAUCGUUGAAGGCGUUUGAAAGGAAAAAGUAAAGCUGACUACGACAAGCCUCCUUACUUAUGGCUGAUGCAAACUUUUAACAAUUUGGAUGAAUUCAAGGAUCAGUUGUUGAGGUAUGUGCUCAAAACUCAGUAUGAUGUUAAGUUGAAUAAGUGGCAAGCGACGAAGCAUGCUUUAAUAUGUUCUCAUGAGAAAUGUGGAGGGAGGAUAUAUUGUUCCUUGGAGAAACCUAUAAGGAAGUGGAUGGUAAAAGUGUAUGACGACAAGCAUAAUCAUUUGCCAACAGGAAGAGCUAGGAUGCUCAGCCAAGGAACUAUUGCCAAACUAUUCAAAGAGAAAGCAAGACAAAGGCCUGAUAUAAGAAGUUCUGACAUCAAAGACGAGUUGAUGCACAUGUAAAAUCUCUCAGUUUCGAUAUAUAAAUGUCGAAAAGCGAGGAGGAUUGCAUUGGAUAUGGUGUUGGAGACGCAAAAACAACAGUUUUCUAAGCUUUGGGACUAUGAGGCAGAGUUAAAAAGGCCAAACAAAAAUGUUCCAACAGAGAUAGUAACUGUUGAAAAGGAUGGAAGACAAGUCUUUGAUUAUUUCUACAUCUGUUUUGAGCCAUUGAGGAGAACUUGGAAGAAGUGUUGUAGGCCUGUUAUAGGCCUUGAUGGUGAAUUCUUAAAAUGGGAGUUGAAAGGAGAGAUACUAUAUGCAGUGGGAAGAGAUGCAGAAAACAGAAUUUAUCUUAUUGCUUGGGAUGUGGUCAGAGGUGAGAACAAUGAGUCUUGGGAAUGGUUCAUGAAGAAGUUAACCAUCGACUUAGGAUUGGGUGUUGGCGACGGAGUCAUCUUCAUAUUUGACAAACAAAAGGGAUUGAAAAUAGCUCUUGCAACUGUACUUCGGAAGGCUAAGCAUAGGAAUUGUGCAAAGCAUGUGUAUGCUAACUGGAAAAAUAAGUACAUGGAUAUUGACUACAAACCAUUCUUCUGGAAUGUGGCGUAUGGCAAGACAGUUGGAGAGUAUGAUCUUCACAUUGCUGAGCUCAAGGAAUUCCACAGAAAUGCUUCCACAGAAAUGCACAUGAUGAUCUACUGGUCAUUGAUCCCACAACUUGGUGCCUUGCUUUCUUCACGGAAAAUGCGAGAUCCGCGCAUGUUUGUAACAAUUUAUCAGAGAGUUUCAACAAAACGAUAAAGGGGGCAAGAGAACUACCUUUGAUUAAUAUGCUGGAAGCCAUUAGAAGACAGGCUAUGACAUGUAUUUCUCGCAGAUUGAUGAAAGCUAAAGCUUGUAUACUUCCUUUCCCGAAAAAGGUUGGAGAUGUAUUGGAAGUAAAUAGGAAAUAGAGCAAGGAUCGUACUAUACUGAUAAGCUCAAACAACGUGUUCGAAGUGGACUUAAACGGUUGUGGUUAUGAGGUCUGUCUACGUCUACGUCAUUGUGCAUGUAGGGGUCGGGACCUGACGGGAAUACCUUGCUCACAUGCUAUAGCAGUUAUCAAUGAUAGCCACAAACAGCCAAAGGACCAUGUUAUUGAUGACUAUUACAAAACAGAAGUUUGGAUAUAAAACCAGUUAAUGGGGAGAUAUUUUGGGCAAAGACUGGUAAAGAACCAAUUGGUGUUCCUGGAUUCAGAAAGAUGCCAGGCAGACCGAAGAAGAAGAGGAUAAAACCAGCACAUGAGUCUCCUUCGAAACCAAAUAGAGUGACACGAGGUGGCAGAACAAUGACAUGUAGUAAUUGUAAGCAGUCAGAACAUAACUGUGGGACUUGCAAGAAUCCACCCUUUGUGGUCCAAGGUCCACCACGCAAAAGAGGAAGACUUCGAAAAAACCUUGCAAGUGUUAUUUUCUUAUGAGUAUUGUUGUAUAUCAUGUUGUGUUUUAUUAAAUCCUUUUGACAUAUUGACUGCAAUUACAGGUUGAUGACAACCCAAAUCCAUCAAGAAAACGAAGGACAAGUCUUUCACAAGCUUCAUCUACUGCACCUCAGCCACAAGCUUCAUCUACUGCACCUCAGCCACAAGCUCAGUCUCAACCAACACUGCAACACGCUCAGUGUCAACCAACAUCAUCUAAUGCGGCUCCUGGUCGUGGGCGUGGACGUGGUCGUCAUGGUAGACCUCCUGAAAGAGGGCAAGCUCGGAAGGUGACUGUGCCAAGAGGUCAAGGCGUGUACAUGUGCCCAUUCACUGAUCGAGUGUUUGAAUGCUUUGGGUCUACUGCAAGAGACUGUGGAGGAAGCUCUUCCAAAGAAACAAAAUCACGCAAAUAAUGUUGGCUCUGUCUUUUAGUUUGUUCUACUUGUGAACUGAUGUUGUCUCUCUAUCUUUUGAUUAACUAUGUUGGCUUUUAGCACACUUGGUUUAUGUAA